GCGGGGUUGUGGCCGGGGGGGGCACGGGGACCCCCGGGGGAAAACGGGACCGGAGUUGGGCUCAGAACCGGGACCGAGCGUAACCCCGGGGUGCUGCCGCGCUGCUCUCGGGGCGGAGCGGUUCCCUCCAGCCCCAGCCUUGCGGCCCCGCUGCCCCCGCUCCCCCACCCGGAGGAAUUUCCCUCCCGUGCCGCAGCUCCGCCCGCCCCACUCGUGGGGGUGGACGCCUCGGGGGUUCUCGGCACCGCCUGCAGCUGCCAAACGGCCGAGCUCUCCACUCCCUGUGCCGCUGCCAUGUCCCGCAGCCCACCAGCAGCCGAGGACCAGACCUUCCUCCUGGAGUACCGCUGCCACCCACUGAGAUCCGGGCCCCCUGCACCAACCUCCCCUCCAGGCAGGCGCAGUCCUGACUCCACCAUGAGCUGCUUCCCCAUGGCUGAGCCGCGCCGCAUCGUGCUGAGCACCGACAGCCCAGCUGCGCUGAAGGUGGGCACGCAGCAGCUGAUCCCCCGGAGCCUGGCGGUCUCCACCAAGACCAAGAACCCCACGCGGAACCCCAGCACUGGAUCCGUCCCUGAUGCUGCGUGCUUGGGGCAGAAGCGAACAUCUGUCCCCAGCGUCACACUGCAGGAGGACACGGAGGAGGAUGGAGGAGGGAUGCUCAAACGCAACCUGAGGAGCAUGUCGUACCGUGCAGCCAUGAAGGGCACGGGCACGGAGAUGGAGCCUGUGAGCACCGUGCCUACUCUGAAACCACUGCUGGAGGAGGGAAGCGCUCCGCCUGCCCGCAGCCCUGGCAGAAGCAAGAAAAACCUCGGGCGGAAGCGGGUGCAGAAGCACGGCGGCUCAUUCAAGGACCAGCCACGGCUGUACCAGGAAAUCCGUGAGAGAGGGCUGAACUCAGUCAGCCAUGAGUCGGACGAGGAUUUGCUGGAGGAGCCCAACCCUGAGGAGCCAUCCCUGCCUGGUGCUGCCAUCGUGGUGCGGAGCUAUCGGCCUGCACAGGUCACCUGGAGCCAGCUCCCAGAGGUGCUGGAGGCAGACUUGCUGAAGAACAUAAAGCCUGAGGAGCGCAAGAGGCAGGAGGCGAUGUUUGAGAUCAUCACAUCAGAGUUCUCCUACAUGCACAGCCUGAGUGUGCUGGUGGGCUGCUUCAAGAAGUCAGAGGAGCUGAAGGAGACCAUGACCCAGACGGAGCACCACCACCUCUUCUCCAACAUCAGCGACAUCCUGGCUGUCAGCACCAACUUCUUCCAAGCCCUAGAGAAGCGACACCAGGAGAACGUCCUCAUCCCCGACAUCAGUGACAUUGUGGAGGAGCACGCCUCCAAGCACUUCAACCCCUACAUCAGUUACUGCUCCAACGAAGUCUACCAGCAGAGGACACUGCAGAGGCUGCUAAAGACAAACCCCUUAUUUAAAGAGGCCUUGAAACAAAUUGAAAGGAAACCAGAAUGUGGAGGGCUGCCACUGAUAUCAUUUCUCAUUCUCCCUAUGCAGAGAGUAACGCGGCUUCCUCUGCUGUUAGAUACAGUCUGUCAAAAAACACAAGCAUGCACUGCAGCGUAUGGAGCUGCCACCAGAGCUCUGAAAGCCAUCAGCAAGCCUCAGAACUGCCAUGGAGGUGAGUGCACUACAAUUCUUACUUGUCUUAUUGGGGCCCUCACCAGCAACACUUGUGCCAUCCUUCCUUUCAUCUACCCAUUCUCCCUUGUGUUUUUCCAGCUGGUUAAGAACUGCAACGAAGGAGCUCGUGCAAUGGAGAGGACAGAGCAGCUGUACACUCUGCAGAAGCAGCUGGAGUUUGGGAAGAAGAAGCCUUUUCCCCUGAUCUCUGCCUCCCGCUGGCUGCUGAAACGGGGUGAGCUCUACCUGCUCUCCUCUGAGGAAGGAGGAAUCUUCCGUAAGGGCUCUGGCAGGGUCUGCCACCUCUUCCUCUUCAAUGAUGUCCUGAUCAUCACCAAGAAGAAAAGUGAGGAGAGCUACACCGUCAUGAACUACGCCAUGCUGGACCAAAUCUCAGUGGAGAAGGUGGAGACCACAGAGCCUCCAUCCCCUCCUCCUGGCCGGCCAGGCGGGCACCUGCUGCGUGUGGCCAUGGAGAGGGACAGCGAGGGCCGGCGGGAGGAGGUGCUGCUGUCAGCAGAGACACUGAGUGACCGGGCGCGCUGGGUCACUGCGCUGAUGCACCGGGAGCGAGAGCAGCCUGACAGCACUCCCCGUGGAGACCUGAGUCAAGUGGAGAUAACCCGUGCCUACAUGGCCAAGCAGGCAGAUGAGAUUUCCCUGCAGCAGGCUGAUGUGGUGCUGCUGCUGGGCGAGGAGGAUGGCUGGUGCUGGGGUGAGCGGCUGCGGGACGGCGAGCGGGGCUGGUUCCCCCAGGACUGUGCUCGACCCAUCACCAGCCGUGUGGCCGUGGAGUGCAACGUGCGGCGGAUGGAGCGGCUGCGGAUCGAGACGGAUGUGUAACAGCCAG